AUGGAUGAAAAAUACACCUCCAAACUCUCUCCUGCGGUGGACUAUGCAGCUGGCGCCUACCUCGUGAUUAUAGCCGUGCUAUCCAUCGUGGGCAACUCCGCUGUGCUCAUCACCGCCGCGCGGCGCAAGCGUCUCCUGAAGGCGCCCGAGCUGCUGACCAUCAACCUGGCGGUGACGGACAUCGGCAUGGCGCUCAGCAUGUACCCGCUCUCCAUCGCCUCCGCCUUCAGCCACGUCUGGAUCGGCGGCGACCCCACCUGCCUCUACUACGGCCUCAUGGGCAUGAUCUUCAGCGUGGCCAGCAUCAUGACGCUGGCCGUCAUGGGCCUGGUCCGCUACCGGGUGGCCGGCACAACGCCCAAGUCAGGCAGCCGGUUUCAGCGCAGCACCGUCGGCAUCUUCAUCGGCCUCAUCUGGUGCUACGCGCUGCUGUGGGCGGUCUGCCCCCUGCUGGGCUGGGGCGGCUACGGCCCCGAGCCGUACGGCAUGGCCUGCUCGGUGGACUGGGCCGGCUACCAGAGCACGCUGAACGACUCCACCUUCGUGCUGGCGCUGACGGUGCUGUGCACGUUCCUGCCGUGCGUGCUCAUCAUCUCCUCCUACUCGGGCAUCGCCUGGAAGCUGCACAAGGCCUACCAGACCAUACAGAACAGCGACCAGCUGCACAACUACGGCAACGUGGAGAGGAAGGUCACGCUGAUGGCGAUCCUGGUCAGCUCGGGCUUCCUGGUGGCGUGGACGCCGUACGUGACGGUGAGCCUGUGGACCAUGUUCCACCCGCGCGGCCGGGACAGCGUGACGCCGCUGGUCAGCCUGCUGCCGUGCCUCUUCGCCAAGGGGGCCACGGCUUACAACCCCUUCAUAUACUACAUCUUCCGCCGCUCCUUCCGCAAGGAGCUGCGUGAGCUCUGCUUCCCGCACUGCUGCCUGCACACUGCAGCUGACGACGUCACCCCCACGCACGACAACAUCAAGGAUGGGGAUGGGGACAACCCGCAGUCGCAGUCGCAGUCGCAGUCGCAGUCGCAGUGGCGGCAGGGCUCCACAGGGGGGUGCAAGGGACAUAAAGAAGGCCACAGCCACAACCAGAGCAGCUCCGUGCCGCUCAUAUCCAACGCCACACAGAACCAGACCAGCUCCUGCUGA